CACCUUCCCUCCAUCUUCCCUGUGUGUAUCGCCUGCCGAGAGCACGCGCGUGUGCUUGGGACAUGUCGCAGCCCGCUUCGUGGCAGCGCGCCGGCCUGUGCGCCCGGAAGGGGCGCCUGGCUGAGGGCGCCCCGGCGCACGGUGCCCCCGCCGCCCGGCCUCCCCCCUCGGCACAGCCUGCCCAUGAUGCUGGUGCCGCCCUGCCCACGCUGGCGGAUGAUCCGCACGAGAUCCUGCAAGUUAUCGCCACACCGAGCAGCCCGGGGGGCCGGGCGCCGGGCGCCGGCCCUGCCCCCGGGCCAGGCUCCCCGCCGGCCUCCGGAGAUGACGAAGUGGAAAUCGACCUCGCCAACCUGGGCAUGGAUGGGGCAGCUGCUGCUUCCGGGCCCACGCUUGUCCGGGAGGCGGUCCGGCGUCUGGUCGCCUCGGUCCUCGAGCAUGAAGAGCGCCAGUCCGGCGCCCGGACCGAGGCCGGCUUCGCUGAUGCCCUGGCCGAAAUGGUUCUCCAGCAAGCUGGCGCCCUGGCCAGCGACCUGGAGGGCUUUGCCUGGCACGCCCGGCGGGUGGUCAUCAAUGGGGACGACGUCCGGCUCUGCGCCCGGCGGAAUCCCGCCCUCCUGGACAAGCUGAACGCCCAAUCCGAAAGAGAAGAACGCCCGAAAUAGAACACGUGACACCCUCA